AUGUCGCUGAGUCUCCUAAGAUGCAUUUCGCGGGGCCCCCGUGUCCUGUCCGCCACGCCUCGACGAUGGGGGAGUUCUGUUUCCCAGCGCCCUGGCUCGGACCGUGUCCGGUUUCCGGGCGCUGUAAACAGCAAGUUCACAACCGAGAUGGCCUUCCUCAAUCCCUCCGAAUCGUCCCAUAUCCCUACCUACCGAGUCAUGGAUUCCGACGGCGUGCUGGUUGAUAAGAGUCGGAAACCCCUGAACCUGUCAAAUGAGGAGAUCCUCACGUGGUAUAAGAAUAUGCUGUCAGUGAGCGUGAUGGAUGUGGUCAUGUUCGAGGCGCAGAGACAAGGCCGGAUAAGCUUUUACAUGGUUUCUGCCGGAGAGGAAGGUAUCAGCGUCGGUUCCGCCGCCGCCUUGACCCCGGACGACGUAGUUUUCGCCCAGUACCGUGAAACGGGCGUCUUCCAACAGCGAGGAUUCACACUCAAGGACUUCAUGAGCCAAUUAUUUGCCAAUUGUCAUGACAAUGGCCGGGGACGCAACAUGCCCGUUCACUAUGGAUCUCACUAUCCGCGCACACACACAAUAUCCUCCCCACUUGCGACGCAAAUUCCCCAAGCAUCAGGCGCCGCGUACUCUCUAAAACUACAGGCCCUCCAGAACCCCGACACGCCACCCCGUAUCGUGGCUUGCUACUUUGGCGAAGGCGCGGCCAGUGAAGGAGACUUCCACGCAGGUCUGAACAUCGCAGCUACCCGAUCAUGUCCGGUGGUGUUCAUCUGCAGAAACAACGGAUAUGCUAUUUCUACGCCGACCCUUGAGCAAUACCGAGGCGACGGCAUUGCCAGCCGCGGGAUCGGAUACGGCAUCGACACGAUCCGCGUCGAUGGAAACGACAUCUUCGCCGUGUACGAAGCCAUGCGCGAGGCCCGCCGCAUCGCCCUCUCGGACGGCGGCAAGCCGGUGCUCAUCGAGGCUAUGAGCUACCGCGUCUCACACCACAGCACGAGCGACGACAGCUUCGCCUACCGGGCUCGAGUCGAGGUCGAGGACUGGAAACGCAGAGAUAACCCGAUCAUCCGGCUGCGGAAGUGGCUGGAGAACGAGGGCUUGUGGAACGAGGACAUGGAGCGGGAGACACGCGAGCAGUACCGCAAGAACGUCCUGAAGGAGUUCGGGGAGGCCGAGCGGGAGAAGAAGCCGCCGAUUCGCGAGGCCUUCCACGGCGUCUACGAAGAAGUCACUGAGGAGGCCCAGGCCCAGAUGAAGGAGCUUAAGCGCAUUCUGGAAGCGUACCCGGAGGAAUACGAUUUGCGGGAAUACAAAGAUGGGAUCAACGGAAUAUAG